ACUUUAUGAAAUUACAAGAUAUUAAAAACAAAUACUCGUAUAUACAUUUUCAUUUUCAAUAAAUUCAUCCAUCACUCACUAAUCACUACAUUAGAUUCACAAAGUUUAUAAUCAAAACUCAAAAAAACCCUCCAAAAUCCAAAACCAAAGGAAACAAAAGAAAAUCCGUUUUCCCUCAAAAACCUCAAUCAAUUUACAUUUUUUACACUCUCUCUCUCUCCUUUUCUCUCGCCUCCGCAAAAAUGUUCGGAGCAUCUUCCUCCGGCUUCGGCACACCGUCGUCAACUCCGGCAUUCGGAGCGCCGUCGUCAACUCCGGCCUUCGGAACGCCGUCAUCAACGCCGGCCUUCGGAGCGCCGUCGUCAACGCCGGCGUUCGGAACUCCAUCAUCGACGCCAGCUUUCGGAACUCCGUCGUCGACACCUGCUUUCGGUGCGACUCCUUCGACGCCGGGUUUCGGAACUCCGUCUUCGCCUUUUCUCGGAUCUUCUCUCUUCAAUACUCCCUCUCCUUUUGGUCAGAAUACUCAACAGCAGCAACAAACGACGCCGUUUUCGCAGCAGAAUACCGGAUUUGGGUUCAAUUCGACGCCGUUUCAGACUCCUCAACAGCAACAACAACAACCGCAGCAAACGACGCCGUUUACUCUUUCUGGUGCUCAGCAGCUCACCACUCAAAUGGCUCCUGUUGCUCCUUUACCUUUCUCCCUCGCCGAGCGCGACAUUCAGACUAUUGUCGAUGCAUACAAGGAUGAGCCUGGAAAUUCUAAAUACGCGUUUAAGCAUUUGUUAUUCAGUGUGACAGAUCCAAAAUUCAGAGUUAAGCCAUCUGGUGUAUCAGAUAUAAUGUGGGCUGAGGCUAUGGGGAAACUUGAGGGCAUGGAUAGUACGAAUCGGGAGCGCUUAUGGCCUCAGCUUGUAAAAGGCUUCAAAGAUCUAUCAAGUCGUUUGAAGGUCAGCAAUGUACUGAUUCUGUAUGGCCGGAUGGGAUGCACAACAUCUCUGAGCAUAUUAUUUGGUUUUUAUCUUCAAGAUGAAGUUAUUGUUGCAGAUGCAGAGAGAUUGCGGAUGACUCAAGGCAAUGUGAAGACGCUUCAAAGGCAUUUCCAAGCUGACACUCUACCUCGUAUUGAGAGAUUGAAGCAGAAAGAGCAAGGUCUUCAAAGACGUUUAUUAAGGGUAAUGAGAAUUGUGGAGGCUCUUGAGGGAAAAGGUUGUCGUAUGCCCCUAAUGAAAGGGGAAGUUGAAUUGGCUGAGAAGUUGGCUGCUAUAGUUAGACAGCUCAAAGGAUCUGGGGCAGAACUUUCAAGGCGAGUACAAAACCUGCUGACAGUAUCUCGUGUUCAGGUGAAUUCCAAUGGUGGUAGUAUCUCUGUAUACCUUCCAGGUUCAACUAAAAUUCAUGAGCGAAGUCUCACCGACAUGCAGGAGGUUUUACAGCAGCAAACUGAUGCCAUAGCAAGACUUGGUAAUGUAUUGAAGCGAGACAUUCGGGAUAUGGAAAUUAUUAUGUCUGAAGAUACUGAAAUGAUUGGAGAUGGUAGUUGAUUAAGAGCUUUCAUGAGAUGGACGGGUUUGCUUGCACCAUAUUUUUUUACUGCAGAUAUUGUAACUUAGUAAUUUUUAAUUUUGUAACUUUAUAUCAAUAGUACAAUGGGUUAUAAUCGUACUAGUGAGUAAAAUAUGGUAAUAGUACAGACUAGAGAGCUGUUUUCUCAAUACAUGUAUGAUCAAUUCCGAGGAAUCCAGCUUGCUUUGAAUCUCGAAAGUGCAAUAACAUCACAUUGAUCAAUCCUGAAGAAUCCAGCUAAAGUAAUUGUAAAACCAGAUUCUGUGCUUCAUAAGUCUUACUAUAGCUUGCUCA